AUGUCCAGCAUGGAAAUCGAGGAGCCAUACCCAGGAUGGGCUGCUGAGAGUAACACGACCCAGAUUUUGAUCGUCGUGUCUGUCUUCAACUUUCUGGCCCUCGCCUUUGUUGGAGCAAGGCUGUAUGCUAGAAUUUGGGUCAUCAAGGCGCCUGGAUGGGACGACUGGAUGAUGAUCCCCGCAGCGGUCUGCUCUGUCUGCGGUGGCUGGGUCAUUUUUCUGAUUCAAGCUCAACACGGCCUCGGAAAGCAUUUCAAGACCAUCAAACCGGACGAUUAUACCAUCUUUCAACAAUGUGCCUUCUGGUCGGUGAUCGUAUCAUCAGCUGCAUCUAUGCUGUUUCUCAAGCUCUCCAUCGCCCUGAAUCUGCUUCGGCUUAGCACGAGCAAGUGGUAUCAAUGGGCGUUGUGGGCAGUAAUGGGUCUGACCGUUGUGUACUGCAUUGGUGGAAUGUUUCCAUUCUUCCUGAAUUGCAAGCCGAUGUCGGGUUAUUGGGACAAGACGAUCGUCCCAAAACCUGUGUGCAUGAAUAUAAAGCUUUUCGUUCAGCUCGGUGUUCUGAACACAUCAUUCAACAUUUUCACCGACGUCGUUCUUGCUACACUUCCAGUCCCUAUCAUAUGGAACUUGCAGAUGAAGCUCAAACUUCGACUCUACGUGAUCGGAAUUCUGAGUCUUGGUUAUCUGGCGGUUGCCAUGGGUAUCAUCAAGGCAGUUUAUCAAAUUGCCUUCGGCUCAGACAUGGACAAGACAUUCCAUUAUCACAUUUACGUUUGGGGAUUUCUACAAAUCCAGUUCGGAAUCAUCGCAGCCUGCGCGCCUACUCUCAGGCCGCUCGUCAGCAGGAUUCUGCGCCUCACCUCGUACGACGACUACACCAACGAGUAUGGCAGCCGGUCGCAAAUGAACGGAACCGCGGCGAGGGCCAAGCAUCGCAACACGAUGCGCAGCGGCAUGGGUCCGCGCGUCGUCCGAGACCAGUACGAGCUCGACGAGCGAGGGAUUGGCGACGGGGACAGCGAUACCACCUUGCCCGCCGCCAAGGGAGAGACGGUGGCGACGGCCGAGUUCUACAAGGAACAGACCGGGGAGAGAUCAGGGAGCGAGGAGUUCAUCUUGCAGGGUGGAACGAGGGAUAAGUUCCGGGGUAUUAUGAAGACGACGGAAGUCACUGUAAAAUAG